CGCUUUCUUUUAAAUUUCUUAAUCGGCUGCCGUAACAACUUUUUGUUCUGCUUCUCUAUCAUUCACUAGCCACUCUUUUUCGCCUCGUCUGGUACGAGCACUCUUUUUAUUCUAUUCUACGCUCUCGUCUACAAGUCUGUCUGCCGUCGAGCCUGGUGCAAAAGGCUUUUCUCUCGUUCAUCUUCUUUCAAGCGGUCAGUGGCUCGCGUCGUAUUGGAAAUUGUGGGUAUAGCUGGUCAGUCCUUUGGCACGAUGAGUCAGCCUGUAGAAAAUGGAGUAGUUCUUCCACUCGAGCUCUGUGACAGAAUCAUAGACGAACUUGCGGGGGAUACCAGAGCAUUACUAGCAUGCUCUUCGGUAUCUCGCUCCUUUUAUCCUCGCACGCGCUUUCUCAUAUUCGGCACGUUCCGUGUUAACCCAGUGCCGCAACGCAAUCUCGGGCUUCUCGUCGAUUGCUGGGGUCAGGUUCCACACAUUCCGGCGUACAUCCACACCUUUCAUUUCUCUACAGUCUUUCUCACAGAACCCCAAGCAGCCAGUAUGCUGCGGUAUAUGCGGAACGUCAAAACUGUGUUCAUGAACCACGUUUACAUUCACCAUUUUCGGAAUCGCGAGGCUAUCGAGGCCUUGGCCGCUCUCCCCAUAGAGACCUUGACGAUCAAUGGAUCUGACUUUACGAGUAUCAACGCGUUCGCUUUUGCCAUGCGCUGCUUUCCCAGGCUAAUAUCGCUCAAUCUCUUCGGUGCUUCCAUCUCCUCAGCAGCCGAUACCGAAUUUCCCUGGGUCAAUAACCUGGACGUAUGUGGGCCUCCCCGUAUUGAGAACCUCACGGUCACCGCUAGGUCUGUUGAGACACGCAAAUCAAACACGCGCCUAUUCUCAGAGUUUCCCUUUAAUAACCAACCUUUUCGCAUCGAUAACCUGAACAUGUUCGAGGUCCGGUGCGCGAACCAGACAGACAUUGUCCGUAUCGGGAGAUUUCUUCCUCACAUACCGAGGACCCUCAGGAAACUAGGCAUCACGCGAGUGGAUAAUGGUGUUUCAACCCCAGGGGUGCCACUGCCAUGGGUCCUAGGCGUCCAUCCGCUAGCCCUGCAAUCAACUGAACACCUGAUUAUCGACGUCGGUCUCAGAGUCGGGAACUAUGCAGACUACUUGCGCUGGUGGAUAUCGAGCAUCGCCGCAGCGAGGGAUGUUCGAUCCAUCAGCAUUCGAAUCGCCAUGGCUUUCACGUACCUUGACAAGGCGGAAAACAAACCUUGGCAGAACGUAUGGCAAAUGAUUGAUUCUGCCUUGUCAGGGAAGGAGUCUCUGGAACAGGUUGUUGUCGAGCUUCAGAUACCUUCUUGUCCUCGAAACUUCCUGGGGAGGAAAAGGGGUAUCGAGAGUGAGUGCAGGGACUUGAUAGAGCGCGGUAUCAUGCGCGUGGUGUUGCCCAAAAAAGUGCGCUUGGAGGCUUUUUAGAUAUAUAUGUAUAUCAUACAAGUAUCUUGGACCCUAAUGAAGCUUUAUCUACCGUUCUCUGCUGACGCGAGAAUGUCAAGUAAUCCGUU